CCACACCACUCCCCCUUCCCUCUAGUCACAGUCAGACACAAACAGACUGGUUGAGUGGCAACACACUACGAGAGGGAGAACAAAUCUGUGGAAUUGGAAUGAGCUGUUUAAGGGAGCCCUAGCUUGCCUCCCUCUGAGCCUAGGAAGUGUGAAACGUGAGACAAGCUGCACCUAUUCUCUGUGAGUUGUUCUGAAAGCACAAGGGGGAAAUACAAUAUCUAGAACAUUGACUCCCUUCAAACACCUGGAGCUGUGACUGUCCUGAGGAGAAAUCUCCCCUCACACGUACUCGCCAACGGACCGUGGAGGUGUGAGAAGAGCCGAUAAGCAGCUGACGUGAAACAGACGAAGAACAAGGAAGAAGAGGGUAAAAAGAGAGAGAGGGAUAGGAGAAGAAAAUGGAGGCCUUGCUUCCUGUGUUGCAGCGGCACCCUGGACUGUCUGUGUUGGUGUGCGCUCUGAUGUUCCGGGUGGCCCACCGACUACUACAGAACCUGCCUGUGCCCAAAGUGGUGGCGGUGGAUGACUUCCGCUCCUGGAAGUGGAGGAACCUCUCGGUCUCUAUGGUCCACUCCCUCCUGACAGGGACUUGGGCUGUGACCUGUGUAUUCAUCUGGCCUGAGAUGGCAACCAACAUUCACUCCUUCUACACGGCCCCAGCCUACAUACUCAUCUGCAUCUCAUCAGGUCAGUCACUACCCCUUUAAGAUGGCUGCUAAAAGAGCUGUGUGUGAAAUAGUUCAUUCAUUCCCAGUUCACCUUUAUUGAACUAUGAACAUUGACCACCACUGGCAUGGGAGAGUAGGGUUCAUCGUGGAGAAUCUGUAAACAUGCUAUUUUGAGACUCUCACUCCAAUGUUGAGCUUUAUUAUAAAGGCUUCAGUCUGGCUUGAUCAAAUCAAAAAAACAAGUUCAAAGGCAUGGAAUGAAUUCGGAGCACUUGCUCACACAGAACACACUAUACUAUCCCCCUCCAUCCCCUUUUUCUAGUAAAAGCUGGUAUAUCCUGGGAAACUAGAUACUCUCCCACAUUUAAGUGGCAACCAGGUUGAGAGAAUGAACAAUGCAGAUCCGCCCAUCUCACCGGGCUCAAAUAGGGGAUGGGCCACACCCUCAGAUCGCUCUGGGCACCAAAACUAAUCCCCUAAAGACCCAGCAGUCAAGAGCACUGCUGAAAGAUGUGAUGACAAGAUGUGACUAGUGUUGGGUGUUAUUAUUCCGUGUGUCUCUCAUGCAUGCAGGUCUAAGGAGAGCCAGCCUGACAACCACAAACCUUCCGUUCCAUUGAGACAGUUUGGCAUGUAUAGAGGUUCACACAACACUCAUUUUGAAAUCCAGUCUAAAGUGGUUUCUCUGUGUUUGCCUAUCAAGUGUAAUACAUAUGAUAACUAGGAUGGACUAUGCCAGUACAGUUCAAUAUAUUUCUCUACACUGAUGUACAUAGGACAGGGAAGUCCUAACCAUUUCUUUCUGGUACCACUGUUAUCAACCAUUUUGAUGGCCUUCAUCCGUUGUUUGGACCUUGAUAAGUAAUCCAUAGAAAUAGAAUCUCAGGCUCUGUUCCAAUAUCUACACUGCAUAGAAUUUGGAUUGAAGCAAUGUAUUGGGCAUGCACUCAAAUGGGUAUGCUGGUAUGCACAUUGGAACGUGGCCUAAGAUUAGAUAUUGUAUCUAAGAGCUAUCUAAUAUAUCUGCACGUUGACUUGGUACUGAUACUCCAUGUACAGUAUAUAGCCAAGUUAUCGUUACUCAUUGUGUAUUUUUUAUUACACGUUUUACUUUUCUAUUGUUUCUCCAUUUUCUUUCUCAGAAUUUUUUUGAAGGGCCCAUAAUGAAGCAUUUCACUGUUAGUCUACACCUGUUUAUGUGAUGAAUACAAUUUGAUUUAGGGAACUCCAAAAGGCCUACAGAGACUGAAGCAUAGAUUUUUACUCUCUUUUGACAGGAUACUUUGUUCAGGAUGCAGGUGACAUCAUCCUAACUGGACACGCAAGAGGAUCCUGGGAGUUCUUAAUUCAUCAUGUCCUGGUGCUCUGGUGCUUCCUGUAUUCUCUGUACUCGCACCUCUACGUGGCAGGUGCUGUGGUGGCUCUCUUUGUGGAGGUUAACAGUGUCACCCUGCAUUUGAGGCUAAUGCUGAAGCUAGCCUCACAGCAGUCGUCCCCUCUGUACCAAAUCAACAAGUUCCUCAACGUCUUCACAUAUGUCGUCUUCCGCCUCAGCGCACAGUUCUACCUCACGUAUUACAUCGUCCAGAACUACUCCUGGAUGGACAAAGGAGGCUACUUCCUCAUUACCAUGACCCUCAUGAACACCAUGAUCCUGAUCUACUUUUAUCGUCUUCUCCGUGCCGACUUCUUCCCCCGGAGCAGGCCUAGCAUGGCGCUAAAUGGCACCCAUAACAACAACAUCAAAAAGUUCCUCACUGAAUGACACCGAGAGCGACAUGGCUGUAAACUGGCGGUUGUGUUUGCCUUUUGUUUUGUUCGCUUACUGAUAUCAUUCCUCAUCAAGACGUCUCAUCAGGUUGCAUUGUCAAGCUGUGUCUUCACAACAACAACCAUAACAGAGCUCUGUCUCUCAACAGCUCGUGUUGUAGUGAGAGGCAGCCAGGAAAGGAUGGGGACAGUGGUACAUUCCCUAUAGUGAUGCUUCUCUACUGAUGAUUAUGCCCACUGUGGCUAAAGAUCUCUCACAGACACCCAAACAGGGCAGCAUAGAGUUAGAGACUGGUCCAUUCACACUGGCUGGGAGAAUCCUACUAACUUACCUCCAGGAUACUGUGCCACUUUUGCUUCUGAUCAUGGCUAAUACAUUAUUAUAUUUCAAAUAAAUAUAUGUGAUUCAUGUGGAAUGCUCUUUAACAGAAAAAAUACUUAUACAUUUAACAUGAUUUUGUGAAUAUAUACAGUAGAGAAACAAACUGCCAAAGAUAUAUCGGGCAUCACCUUGGUGUUGUACAUCCCACCCCACAAACUCUGUCAGCUGUAGCUUAGCAACAUAGUUUUAUUGAAAUUUCCACUAAUAGGAUUUUGUUAUAUAUACAGUAUAUACUAUUCAUAACUAUAGUACAGUCAAUAUUUUUGACAUUGUAACAAACUUUCAAUCUUCCCUGCUUGGUCUCAACAGGUCAACACCAAUACGUGGUUGACCAGCAUUCUUACAACAGCGACCAUUCAUUCCAUAAAUCUAACAUAGUGAAAUGCAUGUAUCCCGUUGAAAGUAGCUGAAUGUACUGCCAGGUCUACAUUUUCUUGAGGUUACAAGAAUCACUUAUAUUUAUCUUUGAAUUAUUUAUCAAAGUGAACCAAACCAAAACCGACAGGUCCAGAGGAUGGGUUAGCAAUGGGUUUUGGUAAGUUAUAGUAGUGCCUAUACCACAGUUCCUUCUCAACAACCUUCCCUAGAUAGCCCGUACAGUAUGUUUAUAGAUGCAAUGUUGGAGAAGAUACCAAUUACUUCACAUUAGAAGAAGUUAAGGUGGACUAAAGCUACCCUUAAGAAAAAUAUAGUUUAUGUAACUAAAGUUACUUUGUAAAAGUAGUACAUUUUUCAUGAAGUAGUUUAGAUGAAGUUGUGUAAUUUUGAAAUGCCAUAGACUACAAAUUGCAAGAACAGAUUAUCACUUUGGGGUCAUAUGGUAACAAAGAGUAAUUUAACAUAUUAAACGCAACAAUGUUUCAAGUGUGAAUGAGGCGGGUCUGAUGCUGAAAAUGAAAGAAAAUGAUUGGUGAAGUAGGCAAUCUUAUAUUUUUGCAAAUAAAACUAGUGUAUAGUUCCAGUAGAAGUCGGAAUUUUACACCUUAGCCAAAUACAUUUAAACUAGUUUUUUCACCAUUUCUGACAUUUAAUCGGAGUAAAAAUUCCCUGUCUUAGGUCAGUUAGGAUCACCACUUUUAUUUUGAGAAUGUGAAAUGUCAGAAUAAUAUUAUAGAGAAUUAUAUAUUUCAGCUUUUAUUUAUUUCAUCACGUUCCCAGAAGUUUACAUACACUCAAUUAGUAUUUGGUAGCAUUUCCUUUAAAUUGUUUAAUUUGGGUCAAAGGUUUUGGGUCGCCUUCAACAAGCUUCCCACAAUAAGUUGUGUGUAGUUUGGCCCAUUCCUUCUGACAGAGCUGGUGUAACUGAGUCAGGUUUGUAGGCCUCCUUGCUCGCACAUGCUUUUUCAGUUCCGCACAUGCUUUUUCAGUUCCGCCCACCCAUCUUCUGUGGGAUUGAGGUCAGGGCUUUGAGAUGGCCCAUACAAAUACCUAGACUCUGUUGUCCUUAAGCCACUUUUCCACGACUUUGGAUGUAUGCUUGGGGUCAUUGUCCAUUUGGAAGACCCAUUUGCGAUCAAGCUUGAACUAAAACGAGUUUUAAUGACUCCAACCUAAGUGUAUGUAAACUUCCGACUUCAACUAUAUGUGGUGACAAACUGGCCCAGAACAUAUACAUAUAUUGCUUUCUCAGUCAGUCAGGAGACCGCUUCCUGCUGUAGAUGAGCAACCCAGAACUGUGUUUGCCUCAAAAGCAUUUUGCUUCAAUCAGUUAAUUUCAGUUAAGAAUAACAAUUAUUAUUGUAUUUUAACAGCAACAGUUCCAACCUAGAGUAGUUUUCAACAAUAAUUUAUACAGUAAGAUGUACUGGCCUUAUCAUCUUUCAUCUUCAUCUGUACCGUUACUAGGGUUACACUCUCAGUAGCUAGCUUGCUUUGGCGAAUGUUGGCUAUUAGCUGUGUACAAGGCCAGCGGAUUGUUUGAAAGAGAAACUCACAUCUACUACUAUGAGAGUUAGUUAGUACUCCCUUAUUUCUGCUUAUCAUCCACCACCUGUUAUAAAAUGACAGCAAUAGCUUACUAGCUAACUUACUUUUCCACUGUCGAAGCACUGUUUCCUGAAGCAUUAAUGUAAACUCACCUCAUUCAGUACAAAUGUGCGCAACCGCAACAUUCAAAUGAGGCUACAAAGAAAACUAAUGGGACUGUAGCGAGUGUGUUGACGUCAAAAUCGGGGGUGUGAACUAGGUUUCCAUUCAAGCGUUGAUCGAAAUGGUAAUGGCUCUAUAGUAUUGGAGAAAAGUUGAAAAAACGGACCCUCCGUUACAUCUUGAUGUCUCAUGUCGUAACGUACAGCACGCAUAAGGCAACUAAUUCUGUCUUACAGCCUCUCUCCACCAGGUGUAGCACUUCUAUCAUCCUUUAAAAACAAGAAAUGGACAGUGAAGGGGGUAAGGGGGAUACCUAGUCAUUUUUUUCGUAAUCAUUGCAUGCGAUCAUCAUUCUCAAAGCCGCUGUUUACUUCGAAGAUCACUUUAACACCGCCCUAAAAACCCGAUUCAAAUUUGACACAAACAUUCAAAUAGGUAUGUAAUGACACAUUAUAUAAACUCUUUAUAGUGUUAUAUUUACAUUUUAGAGGCGAUAAGGUGAUAAGUUGGACAGAUCAGUGGAAAAAAAGCCAUUUUCCCACACAUCUCUCCUUCUCACUAUCACACAUUAGUUUCGCUUCCCCACCCGCCAUUUUAAAAAAGACCCGACGGGCUCAUUGCCUGCUUGAAUUAUGCAGAAACGGGCAGCGUUUAGGUCAUGUAAUUGAUUCUGUUGGAAAGGGGAGAAAUUGUGCUUUACAAUGGUAUUGACAUUACAGUUGAUCUGGAAGUAUUACGUUUUUAGGGCGCUAAAAUAAGGGCAAUUGUACGGACCAAGGCUUACGUGAAUUUACGUUAUGCCGUUUUGAAAUAACUCCCAGUUUACCAUCAUGCUGUGAAUGUAUGGUCAAGACGUGUCAUUUUAUUAAUUUGUUCGUGAAGAGACUCAUUACUAAGCCCUUCCACACACAAAACACAUUGUGGGCGCUCUUCGUUAUACGUUUGUAUGAAAGAGAAAGAAAUGCAUCGCUGUAUAUGCGUUUCAUGACAAUUGAGCUCAGUAAGUCAGAACUUGUAGCUAUGGGUCCAUUUGAUGACAACGGUGAGUGAUGGCGUGUGGGACUGACAAGUCGAUGGCAGACAGCGCAUCAUCUGCUGCUGAACCACAGCGCUGCAUCGUGUGUGUCGCGGAGUGAUCUUCAAGAAUACGGCAGAAAAAAAGAUCCGGUAAACCGCGAAGCACACCCGCGCAGCUGACAAACUGAGCAAAGACCUCCUGUUUAAGAUUAAGCAGAGAGCUCACCGAACAGAGAGCGCAGAUGCACUUGGCUAAAUCAAUUCCAAUAAUUAAUGAAAUAAUUAUACAUUUACUCUCACUCGUCGCGACCCACCAUUAACAGGUCCGCGACUCACUUUAAGAAAGGCUGAACUAAAUAGUUUAUGAAUGCUGGUGCAAAUGCAAGACGAAUAGACCACCUCCAGAAAUGAAGCUUCAAAACUAAAUGUACUGUAUUUUGCAAGAUUUUGAGUUAAAAUCCUGCCUAAUUGUAAUUUUCCAUUGGCUACUACUGGUAAGACAACAGUUACCUCCCUGUAUCCACGAGACAGGAAGUGUCGAUGACCAUAGAAUAUAGAAAAAGUGGCAAAGCAACGUAGGUCUACAGUGAUUAUCAAAGGUCAGAAAACCCAGCGUUCUAUCAUCGGAGUAGGGUGCCAAUGACUAUAAUGUUGGAUUGUAGCCUACAUGAUUCUGUAUAAUAAACAAUGUUGCAAAAAAAAUGCCUGUUUGUGCUACACUGUGUCCAAUGAUAUCUGCCGCCAGGGGGACUCGACCCGCGCUGAACAUACUUCCCAAAUUCCAACUAGAACCUGGAGGUGAGUCAGAGUCAGUGGUCCGCCUAAAAAACGAAAUCAUUUGCAGACUACGUUUUUCCCCACUCACUUCCGUAGAUCGAGUCUAUUUGGUGUAAGCAAAUACGGUGAGUGUUUUGGAAAGAUUGGGGUUAAUUUAUGUGAAAUCCUCAAAUCUAGAAACCAAACUAAAAGUCAAAGCAUUGUUUUUAUUGACUGAAAAACGGUUACUGCUCCGUGACGAAAGAACUCCAUCCCGACCCGUUACAAGGUCUCUCUGAUCACUGUUAUCUUGGCCUAAUGUCUGUCCGGGUGCCAUCCAUGAGUGUGCUGCCUCCUGUUCGAAGGGACCGCAUCAUUGCCCAGCUUCCUCAGUUUUACAGUAAGAAGGCUGCUGUGCACACUAAAGAUGAGUUCAACUCCAAAGUGAAGACUGCCUGCCAGGAGCAACGCACUGGCACAGUAGGGUUUAAAAUUGCUAAGGUCAUAGUGGUUGGUGACCUGGCUGUGGGAAAAACAUGUCUGAUUAAUAGGUUUUGCAAGGAUGUAUUUGACAAGAACUACAAGGCGACCAUUGGCGUUGACUUUGAGAUGGAGCGGUUUGAAGUGUUGGGGGUGCCUUUCAGCUUACAGUUGUGGGACACUGCAGGGCAGGAGAGGUUCAAGUGUAUUGCUUCCACAUACUACAGGGGAGCUCAGACUAUUGUUAUUGUGUUCGAUGUAAAUGAUGUGGCAUCUUUGGGCCAUGCAAGGCAGUGGCUUGAAGAUGCCUUGAAGGAGAAUGAUCCUACCAAUGUCCAGCUUUUCCUGGUGGGCACAAAGAAAGACCUAAGUUCUCCUGCUCAGUACUCUCAGAUUGAACAGGAUGCCAUCGAACUGGCUGAGGAAAUCAAAGCAGAAUAUUGGGCCUUGUCAUCAUUGACUGGGGAAAAUGUGAGGGAAUUUUUCUUCCGUAUUGCAUCAUUGGCAUUUGAGGCCAACGUUCUGGCAGAGCUAGAGAAGAGUGGAUCAAGGCACAUUGGGGACGUUAUCAAAAUUAACAGUAAUUCAAACAACGUGUAUGCAACAUCAAAGAAGAAACAGUCAAACUGUUGUCAAUGAAGACAAACACAUGACUUCUACAGUUAAAAGGUACCAAAGCAAAAAGCAUAAUUUACUCAGAAGAGAAACUGAGAACCAUGGACCACUCCCAGACACAUGGAAUUUGCAGUGAGAGCUAGCAGACGGGACAGAGACUUUUGCUUCCACAGGCAUUUGAUUUUCAUUUCUACUGGCCCAGAAAGAACAGCUCCUUGGUUGGAUGUAGAUUCCUGUGGUGUUUGGCUUAUUUUUGCCUAUCUAUAGUUUCGGAAUAGAAUUUCCUCUAUGACAUUGCACUCCAUACUGUACAAUUCCAGUUUUUGAGUGUUGACAGAUUAUCACGUCACUGCUUAAAUGGCUAUGGAGUAUGGACAAUCAUGGAUGUCUUCAAAUACCUAAUAUGGAUAUUUUUAAGACACCACCAUUAGGCCUAUUAGAGUUUUUACAGUGUUUUGUCUAGUGUUGUUUGCAUGCUAUAUGUUUUUUGCACAAUUUGUAACUAUAGCAUAGAUGGAAACUCAUGACUCCACCCUGGGAGGUUAUAUUAUGCUAGCUAAGGAGUAUGAUUUCAUUGUUUGGAUAGUCCUAUUUUUAGCAGCACAGAGGCGUUCAUACAGUAUGAGAGAUGUGUAUUAGUCAGAUGUACCUCAUCUACGUUAGAGACAAUAAUAUAACUGAGAAUUAUUCAUUUUGAAUUAUAUGCGAUAUUUGAAUGACUGAUCUUAUACUAUCCCUCUAGUUGAAUAUCAUAAUCAGAGUGAAAUGUGCAUACAUAUGUCUAGUUGUCCUUUUAGACAAUAAAGAUUAUUUACGUUUUCUUUCUAAUAUGUUUAAUUGCAGAAGUAAGUUUUGACUCUAUAAAGAUAUACUGUGUAUCAAAAACUACUACACGUAGCUCUAUAAUAUAGAUAUAAGCUUUAAAAUCACUGCUCUGUAUCAAAUCAAACUGCUGUUUACCUUUAAUUAGACUAAUUCAAAGUUAUUAUUAAAAGUCCUAUAUAGGAUGAGUCACUAAUCUGUAAUUAAAUUAUGUUUUAUAACUGUU